AGUUCUGAUCUUUGUUUAUGUCUCUUCACCUGAUCGUUAUCCCUGAGCACUGCUAAAUUUUCCCGUUUUAGCAGUACAAUAUUUUGUUUCAAUUUUUCCUGUGUUAUUUGUUUAUUUCAGACUUGCCUUUUUAUGUAUUUAAUUUGUAACAAACUGUUUUCUAUAAUCUAAAGAACGGUUGAAGAGUCGUAGAAGAGACAUUGCGUAAUUGCUAACAUAUACAGUGUGUUGACUUGUAUCUUUUUCCUACAGGCCUUUGCGUCCAAACAGCAGAGUCAAUGGCUGGCAACGAUCUGACCAUUCAGGGAGCUGCCGACAUUCAUGCUUUAAAAACCGAACGGGAAGUCGUUGAGCAGGCUUCUGGUUGCAUUAAGCAAGAAGAUAAUCUAGUGGCGUUAACUGGGAUUGCAGUUGAUUGUGUGAAGAAUGAAUGCUUCGGCACUGAAAACAUUAAAGAGGAGAUCUCUGAAGUGGUGGUUACUCCCGAAGUAAAAAGGAAGAGACUGACUAUUGAUUGUAUGGGUGGAAAAUCGGUGAAAUAUUAUGACCUUGGAAAGACUGUCAAGCGCUCUGUAAACAUUAGGAAUCGUGAGCACAGUAAUGUAGACAUUAAAUUACAUCUGAAAUCCGAACACGUGAAUUCAUCAAAUUUUAGAAGCCAUCAGAACAUUCACCCUGCACCGAUGACCUACCGAUGCUCUGAGUGUGGAAAUUCCUUCACGGGAGCCAAACAGCUUGAACUCCACAUGAGAAUUCACACAAAGACGAAGCGGUACCAGUGCACCAUAUGCAAGAAGUCCUUUGUUUGGGCUUACCAACUUAAAAUCCACCAGAGGGUUCACACGGGAGAAAAGCCGUACCUGUGCACGGUGUGUGGAAAGACUUUCCGAGAGACUUCCCACUUUAAGCGACAUCAGAGAAUUCACACCGAUAAGAAAACCUAUCAGUGCUCGGAAUGUGGAAAGAUGUUCCGGAAUUCGGUAACCCUUCAGGAACACCUGAGCAUUCACACCGGCGAGAAGCCCCACCAAUGUGGUGUUUGUGGGAAGGCCUUUCGGAAGAGUUCAAGUCUUCAGCUGCACCAGAGCAUUCACACGGGUGUCAAACCUUUCCAGUGUGCUGAGUGCGGGAAGACCUUAAGGGAUUCUGUAAGCCUUAAACAACAUCUGAAAAUUCACACUGAAGAAAAACCUUAUCAGUGUCGUGAGUGUGGGAAAGCUUUUAGGAUUUCCGCCAACCUGACAGAACAUCUGAGAAUUCACACGGGUGAAAAACCAUACCAGUGUACCACAUGUGGAAAAGCUUUCAUCCGGAAUAUCCAGCUUAAAAUCCACCAGCGAAUCCACACAGGUGAAAAUCCAUACCAGUGCACUGAGUGUGGAAAAUCCUUCUCCAGGGCCUCAAACCUUAAAAUCCACCAGAAGGUUCACACGGGUGAAAAACCUUACCAAUGCACGGUAUGCGGAAAGACGUUCAGACAGACGUCAAAUCUUAAAUUCCACCAGAAAAUCCACACCGGUGAGAAACCGUAUCAGUGUAAGGAGUGUGGAAAGUCUUUCAGACAGACUUCACACUUUAAACGGCACCAGAGAAUUCACGAGGAGGAAAAAUCCUACCCAUGUUCUGAAUGUGGGAAGACUUUCAGGAAUCAGGGAAGUCUUGAAGGUCACCGGAGCAUUCACACAGGUGAUAAGCCGUACCAAUGUACAGAGUGUGGAAAGUCUUUUAGGAGAAAUACACGUCUUAAACUCCACCAGAGUAUUCAUGCAGGAGAAAAACUGUACCAGUGUUCAGAAUGUGGCAAAAUUUUAGGGGACGCAGUAAGCUUAAGGCAGCACAUGAGAAUUCACACUGGAGAGAAACCAUUUCUGUGUACCGAAUGUGGAAAAACAUUUAGGACUUCUGCCAACCUUAGGGAACACCAGAGGAUUCACACCGGUGAAAAACCAUACCAGUGCAGUGAAUGCGGAAAGAAUUUACGGGAUUCGGUAAGCCUCCGACAACACCAGAGGAUUCACACCGGAGAAAAACCCUUUCACUGUACUGAGUGUGGAAAAGCUUUCAGGAAUUCUGCACAUCUUAGGGAACACCACAGAACUCACACUGGUGAAAAACGAUAUCAUUGUGAUGAAUGUGGGAAGACGUUUCGAGAUUCGGUAAGCCUUAGACAACACCAGAGGAUUCACACCGGGGAAAAGCCAUAUCACUGUAACGAGUGUGGAAAAGACUUCAGGAAUUCUUCCAACCUUAGGGAACACCAAAGAAUUCACACAGGAGAAAAACCUUACCAAUGUACUACCUGCGGAAAAUCCUUCACCCGGGGUAUACAACUUAAAACCCACCAGCGAAUUCACACUGGAGAAAAUCCGUUCCAGUGCGCUGAAUGUGGGAAGUCCUUCUCCAGGGCAUCCAACCUUAAAAUCCACCAGACGAUUCACACGGGUGAAAAACCGUACCAGUGUACGGAGUGUGGAAAGACUUUCAGGCAGACUUCAAAUCUAAAAUUCCACCAGAAGAUUCACUCCGGUGAAAAACCAUAUCAGUGUUCAGAGUGUAAAAAGACUUUCAUCAAUUCGGUAAGCCUUCGACGACACCAGAAGAUUCACACAGGAGGAGCAAAUAUCCAAAAAACUGGCGUCACUAAAUUACCUGACUACACCAGUGACCGUGAUUACCUUUAACUGGUGGAUGUAUUAGGAAUUGAUGUAUUCUGUUCAUAUUUCUUAACAUGAUGAUGGAAGAUGAAGAAGAAGAAGGGUUUUCUUUGUCUGCUGUCACUGAUAUGAGUGGUCACUUUCUCAGUCCACCUGUUGGAUUGUCACUUAUAAAACAAGAAGAGGGACAAGAUAAAGAGUUGGAGAGUCACCACAACCACCCAGAUUAAUGAUGAGAUGGAAAAAGUAACUGUAAGUAGGAUCAAAAGUGAAAUAAAUGGACUGAGGGGGUCAGUCGUUUAGAGAACAUCACUCCUGGUGAGUAGAUGACAGAUGUGUGUUCUUAACUAAAUAAUGACUUCCGGGUCAGAUUGUGGAUAUGUGACAACAAAGAUGGAAUAGUUGAAACUUUCUGGGAUUAUACAGGAAGUGAUGUCACUGCUCUUCUUUAUGCUCUUCAUCAUUUCUAUGGGUAAAAAGGGAGAAGAACUCAGUGAAUGCGCCCUCUCCUGGUCAGGAGUAUCUAUGACAUUUUCAGCAGAGCCCUUCAAGCACCCCCCCCCUCAUAAUUGCGCAUGCCUGACACAGUUACAUCAUGUAAUGGUUAUCUGUUGAAGUGCUCUGAGGUUUACUCAGGUAAGGAAGACAUGAAUUUGAAGGUAAGGCAGCUUAAGUCACUGAUCCUGGCACAGCAGAUUGGCAGCAUGUGGUACAGUCAUGUGAAAAAGUAAGUACACCCAAUGGAAGUGGUUGACUUUAACAUGACAUCCACAGGCAAACCUUAGAUGUUCAUGCAAACAGUGCCUACAGAUAAAGGUGACAUACUUGAAUUAGAAUACAAGGAAAAUUAGCCUUUUCAAUAAUUUAUUCAACAGAAAGAUCAAUAGAUGUUAUGGUCUACUAGGGAAAAAGUUAGCCCAUGCCAGCUUUAGAAGCUGGUAUUGCCCCCUUUAGCAGAAAUUAAUUCUUUUAGGCAUUUUGUGUAGCUACUUUCCAGUCACUGACAUUGACUCGCUGAAAUUUUGGACCAGUCUUUCAUGCAAAAUUCCUUCAGUUAAAAGAUGUUCACGCGGUUUUCUUGUAUGUCAAGUGUGGUUUAGAUCGCCCCACAACAAUUCAGUGGGGUUCAAAUCAGGGCUUUGACUCGGCCAGUCUAUGACCCUAUGUUUCUCCUUAAUGAGACAAGACCUGGUGGAUAUGCAAGUGUGCUUUAGGUUAAAAUUGUGUUGAAAGGUUAAUUUCCAUUUCAGCUUCAACUUCUGGACUCCUCAUGCACACUAUGAUGUGAUGCAUAGUUUGCUCGGUGACUGCAAGCUACCAAGACCCUGAGGCAGCAAAACAACCCCACACAAGAACAUUACCACCACAAUGCUUCACAGUUCCUAUGAGGUUCUUCUCCCGACAUACUGCCAAUUAUGUCAACUGUUACUGUGGUCAAACAACUCCAUGUUCGAUUCAUCCAUCCAGAGCACAUUGUUCCAAAAGGUCUGGUCUUUGCCUAGAUGUUCAAUGGAGAACUCUAGUCUUGCUGUAAUGUUCUUGUUGAACAUGAAACUUUGUAGUUGUUGGAGACUUCUUUAAGUAUCAAACAGUCAGAUCUUAGGCUGGAUUAUCUGUACCAACAGUCAUUUGAAAUUGAUACCACUUGUAGAGAGAUGAUUUUGUCUUGGGCCAUCUUUUGAAAUCUCAUGCCAGAUUCCAGUCCUAGGUAUCAACAACCUUCUUUCUGAAGGCCUUAGAGAGCUCUUUUGAUCUUGGCAUGAUGACAGCACACACAUCAAUAGCGAAGAGAACACCAAACCCUCGAUAUCCAUGGUUUAAAUAAGACAGUGAGGUCCACCUGCAGACUCCCUAAGGAGGUUCUAAUCAGUAGCACCUAAGCUGGAAAACCUGAUUCUAAUUAGGUGGAUUUGAAGUGGUGAUAAAUGGAGGGAUGGAUGUUCACCACAUGAGAAAUCUGCAGUGGCUUUUCUUUAGAUUAUGAGAAUCAAUACACCACACCAGUUUGAUGUUCUUUUCUUCAAGAAGAUCAACUUUAUCUGUAAGCUCUGUUUGCAUGAAGAUACUGUUUGCCAGUUCAGGUUUGUGGAAAAAGUGCACAAUUUCCAUUGGGUGUACUUACGUUUUCACAUGACUCAUGUAUUUGUUAGCCCAUAAGAAUUCCACUGUACUUGGACAAUAAGGAGCCUACAAGCCUAUAGUGCUAUGGGGUAGUCAGGGAUGAAGUAGCAGUAGAGGGCAUCCCAGAAGAGGGGAAAAACUUAACUUGUCCUGGCAGGGAGGCCAAAAGAGGACAAAGUAAUUGCAAUAAAUGCUCAAGGUGGUAUGUAAUGAGGAGAGGAAGACAGGGAAUGUAGGUGACCUCACAUUCCCCCUCACAUUAAAUAACUGCCUGCAUUAAUGCCCCCUGUAGUAUUUCCUGACCCUUAUGAACAGAAAAGAGGAUUUGUGGGGUCUUCCUUCAAAUACUCUAAUACAAAGAAACUGAGAGUGACGGGUCUUCUCGAAUUAUACUUCUAGCAAAAAUGGAGGGCAGGAAGUUAUUUCAGAAGAGGAAAAGAGGCGUUUCAAGGUAAGGUGCAGCCCCAAUACUGUCCACGUUGCACUGUAAAAAAUGAAUCAUGAGGCUUGUAAUUUUUAUUAAAAAAAUUGAUGUAAUCAUUAAAAAUAAUGUGCAUAUUUAAUUAAAAAAAUAGGUUUUCUGUUUUUCUUAUAAUAUAUUGAGAACAUUUCACUAAUAAAAUUAAGAAAUAAAUUGUACCUAUUUUUUUAAGGAAAUGAGUGCAAUUUUUAGGCUUAAUUUGAGGAACCAUUUAGGUUAAAAUUUUAAGGAAAAAAGGCUUCAUAUUUAUUUUAAGAGAAUUGGUCCAAUUACCCGGGUUUGACUGAGUCACCUUCAUUUGAAUCUCAACGGCAGUGAUCAGACGGCGUUUUGAAGGAGCAGACGAACAGUGGAAAAUAUUAAGAGGUAAGUUAUAAGCCCCUUACUAAUUUUUACAUUUUAUUUUGAUUUCUUAAAUAAGCUCCUCAGGACACCGCUUAUUCACGCUAGUGCAGGAAUUGUUUUACACUUAUUUUUGAAUCUGAACGACAGUGAUCAUUUUGGCAUGUGAAACAGUGACUAUGUUGAACCAGGCGUUUUAAAAUAAAGGUUUACAAUUAUGCGAUGUUAUUUGAUGUGAAAAUCUGAACUCGAGCUCAUUAGUCAUAACUCCUCACAUGCACGUGCUGAGGCUAGAAUGGACAUGUUGGUCGCUAAAGCAAAAAUAAUUAUGGCCAUGCAUCGAGCUUGAUAGAUGGGGCAGUUUCUAUGAUUAUACUUAAAAACUUUUAAGAGUGUUGAUGUGUUUAUAUAUUCGCUUCAAAUUGUAAAGAUGUAUUAAAUUAGCUUUUAAUCAUUUCACGCAAUAUAUGCAUUUUUUUCAUUCAUCCUCUACGUUAGAGGGCGCCCUCUUAAAAAAAAAAAAACAAGUCACAAACACCAUAGAAGCAACACGAUGACGUUCCAGGAAUUGAUAUGGACAUAACCAUGCUUUUGACUAGUUGAAGAAUACAAACAUCUUUGCAAUAAUUAAGGCAUUAUCAGUCUCCACAAAGAGUUGAAUUGUGCCCGACAGUUGCAGAAUUUAAAGAUCGCUGGCCUGCUCUGUUUGACAUUCUCCAGAUUAAUGAAGAGUUUAGGAGAAUUACUACUCUGCACCUUGAGCCAACAUUUAUUAAGAUGUUGGAUUACUACACUCCUAAACUUUUCACAAUAUUUUCCUGCAAAGGAGGAGCACUCGCACAGAUUUUGAAGAAGAAACUGGGUGCCAUACAGCAGACCUCACAUCAAAACAUAGAACAGACAAGAGAUGUUGUCCUCCGUUGCUUGGUCAAUUACUUGGGUGAAAAGGAGGAAGACCUCAUCCAGGAGUACAAUUAUGAAAAUGAGGAUGUGCAGCAAAGUCUACUGCAGCAGGUAAUGAAAAUUACUGUCUGCAAGAAGGAUGACCAGGAGUUCUUUAGCAUUGUCUUGGAGGGUGUGCAAGUCAUGACUGGCUUGGGAAAUCUGACUAGAGCCUGCGCAAUUCUUCUUGGAUUCACAUAUGCACUAAACCUCACCUAUCCCAAACAACUGAGGAACACGUUUGAGGCCUUUCAGAAGCUCUUCUUGGAACUGGACGUUUGCAGGUUUUCCCCCAAAUUACAAUCUCUCAAAAACAAACUUGUGUAUUAGAUUGUGAGAGACACAUUCCAUUGUUACCAAGUUUUGGUGAAAAUGCCCAGGUUGAGGUUUGAGAUUGUUCUGCAGCUUGUUCUACAACAGUUUAUCUGGUUUGAUGCUAAACAGUUGAUUUCAAUGACAUAAAUUGUGAGUUACAAACUGUUUUACAAAUUGUUUUUGUUUUUUCUUAAAAAUGCUGUAAAUGUUAUAUACACUA